UGCGCCGCUUGCGAACUCACAGUCGGAGAGAGUCACCCACCUAACCCCGCCUCCGUCUUCGAAAAAUCGCAAAAUCACGACCCCGCGUCCCCGCUCUCCUGUCGACCCCGCGCUUUCGCUGCCCGUCACCAUGGCCGAACAAGCUGCCAAGGCCCCUGUGGUGGCCGAGGCUCACGAAGUCGACACGUACCACCCGCCGCAGAAGAUGCUCGCAAAGCACCCGAGCAAGCCUCACUUGAGCGGUCUCGAGGAGUACCAGCAGCUCUACAAGGAGUCCAUCACAGAACCGAAAAAGUUCUGGGGGAGGCUGGCCCGCGAGCUCCUGACCUGGAGCAAGGACUUCCAGACAGUGCAGCAUGGGUCUCUGGCGGAGGGUAACGUUGCCUGGUUCCUCGAGGGCGAGCUCAACGCGUCGUACAACUGCGUCGACCGUCAUGCCUUCAAGGACCCCGACCGCGUCGCCAUCAUCUACGAGGCCGACGAGCCGACGGACGGCCGCACCGUGACCUACGGCGAGCUCCUGCGCGAGGUCUCGAGGGUCGCCCACGUCCUCAAGGACAUGGGCGUGCGCAAGGGCGACACCGUGGCCAUCUACCUGCCCAUGAUCCCCGAGGCGCUCGUGGCCAUCCUCGCGUGCGCCCGCAUCGGCGCCAUCCACUCGGUGGUCUUCGCCGGCUUCUCGGCCGACUCUCUGCGCGACCGCGUCAUCGAUGCCCACUCCCGGGUCGUCAUUACGUCGGACGAGGGCAAGCGCGGCGGGAAGCUCAUCGGCACCAAGAAGAUCGUGGACGAGGCGCUCAAGAAGGCCCCCGAUGUCAAGCACGUGCUCGUCUUCAAGCGCACCGGCGCCGACAUCCCCAUGACCCAGGGCCGCGACUACUGGUGGCACGAGGAGGUUGAGAAGUGGCCCGCCUACAUCGCGCCGGAGCCCAUGAGCGCCGAAGACCCGCUCUUCCUCCUGUACACGUCCGGCUCGACCGGCAAGCCCAAGGGCAUGAUGCACACGACCGGCGGCUACCUCGUCGGCGCCGCCGCCACGGCCAAGUACGUCUUCGACAUCCACGAGGGCGACCGCUACUUCUGCGGCGGCGACGUCGGCUGGAUCACGGGCCACACCUACGUCGUGUAUGCGCCGCUGCUGCUCGGCGUGUCGACCGUCGUCUUCGAGGGCACCCCGGCGUAUCCCAACUUCUCCCGCUACUGGGACAUCAUCGAGAAGCACAAGGUCACCCAGUUCUACGUCGCCCCGACCGCCCUGCGGCUGCUCAAGCGCGCCGGCGACCAGUUCGUGCGCAACGAGAUGAAGCACCUCCGAGUGCUGGGGUCCGUCGGCGAGCCCAUCGCCGCCGAGGUCUGGAAGUGGUACUUCGAAGUCGUCGGCAAGGAGGAAGCCCAUGUUGUCGACACGUACUGGCAAACCGAGACCGGCUCCCACGUCAUCACCCCUCUUGCCGGCGUGACGCCCACGAAGCCCGGUUCCGCGUCGCUGCCGUUCUUCGGCAUCGAGCCCGCCAUCAUCGACCCGGUUUCGGGCGAGGAGAUCCCCGGCAACGAUGUCGAGGGCGUCUUGGCCUUCAAGCAGCCGUGGCCGAGCAUGGCCCGCACCGUCUGGGGCGCGCACAAGCGGUACAGGGACACAUACCUCAACGUCUACAAGGGGUACUACUUCACCGGUGACGGAGCCGGCCGGGACCACGAGGGCUUCUACUGGAUCCGCGGGCGCGUCGACGACGUGGUGAACGUCAGCGGGCACCGGCUGUCGACGGCCGAGAUCGAGGCGGCGCUGAUCGAGCACCCGGCCGUGGCCGAGGCCGCCGUGGUCGGCGUGGCGGACGAGCUCACGGGCCAGGCCGUCAACGCCUUCGUCGCCGUCAAGGACGGCAACGAGCCGUCGGACGCGCUCCGCAAGGAGUUCAUCCUGCAGGUCCGCCGCAGCAUCGGGCCCUUCGCCGCCCCCAAGGCUGUCUACAUCGUGCCCGACCUGCCCAAGACCCGCAGCGGCAAGAUCAUGCGCCGCAUCCUCAGGAAGAUCCUCGCCGGUGAGGAGGAUCAGCUGGGUGAUAUCACCACGCUUUCGGAUCCGACUGUCGUCGAGAAAAUCAUUGUCGUUGUCCACGAUGCCAAGAAGAAAUAAGCCACAGGGGCUGCUUCUCCUCCUUUUUCUGGUGGUUGGGGUUGGGCUUUGUCGAGGAGCCGGCUGUAUUACUUACCUUGGUUUUAUACCACCGUCUCUGUUGUUAUGCCUUGCUCUUGAUGCGCGCGCUCAUCGGGGUCCUC